AUGGGAGUGACAGGUGCCAAUGGACUUCCCUGCUGUAGCAAGGAGUCGGUGGACAUUAUGGAGACACAGGAUGACGUAAACCAACAUGAGCAGGCACAAGAGGAAGAUGAAUCGGACGUAAUGGUGAACUGGGUCACCUCUUAUGGGGAGGUGCUGGAGAAUGAAUUGCUAGAGCUGGAGACUCCACAAAUAGUGGACCUGGAUGUAGCCCCAGAACUGGAGAUGGAGGUAGAACCAGAGACCAAAGCUGAGCCAUGCCCAGCACCCACGCUCAAUCCUGAGGCUAAGCAGGACUCCCACGUGGAAGCCUCCUGUGAAGACCCUGAGCAACAGGACAAGACAGAGUCCCUCCACUCCUGCACAGCGGAACUAACACAGCAGGAUGCCAGCCAGGGUACUAUGACUUCGACCUCCAACUACCUGAGUUCCACCUGCAAAGAGAAUGAAUUGCUAGAGCCGGAGCCCCCACAGAAAGUGGACCUGGAGGAUCAGGAGUUCACCUACCAACGCUCUAUCCAUGUGCAGACCUCCAAGCACCUCUUCUGGGCAGACAAGUUCAUCCAGGCCUCAGAAUACAACCUGAAACAGGAAACCAGCAGGCAGCCUGGCAAGAAGAACACAGAUAAGACCAAAAGCCGCCCAAAACAGGGGUCGGUCCCCAAGAACACCCCGUGCUCCAAAGAGCAGCUCCAGAACCCCAGCAUCCAGCCGGAUCUUCCAGACACAGUCUCCGAUCAGCCACCAAGCGCCCCCCCGCCUUCCCCCACUCUCCAACCAUCUCUCGGCCUGGAAGAUUUGAUCAACUUCGCAUCUUCCCUAGCCGUGGCCUCUUCCAACAAGAUGGACUUGCCCAGUUUGGAGCACAUGAUAAAAACUCCGCCCCAGAAGGCCAUGGAGCCUUCUACAGAGCCCAUGGUAGAGGAUGCCUCCCAGCCUGCUAAGGACAAGCCAGAGCAGGAGAAGCUUUCUGAGUUGCCAAAGGAGUCACCAGAGAAACCACUGGAAGCCGAGGAGCCACACAGAGCUCAGAAGCUGGAACACAAGAAUUUCUUUGACUAUAGGAAGCCAGGAAUCCAGAAGACCACCAUUCAAGGGCAAUUGAAGUUGCUCCAGUCUCCAGCUGUGUCCCCUCCGCAGCAAGGAGAUGAGAAAAACUCGGUGCCGGUGCCGGGAGCCAAGAAAGGGAGUCCAUUAUUGCUGAAAAUCCAUUUUAAGCUGUCGUCCCCUUCUUCCCCCAGAGAGAUGACUAAACAAAACCAGUAA